CAAGAAGCGAAAAAACAUUGACCAUGCUGGGAGCCAUGCGGUCGGUGGCGCAAGUGGUCCGCGCACGGGCACGGUGUGGAACACUUCCUCGCUCAGGGCACCGCAUCGACUUUGCCGCCUUUGCUGCCAUCUCGAGACCGCAGCAAUUACAUCGGCAUCGAAAACGUUUGGAGGGCUUUGGAAAAGACGUGGCUGCAGGAGAUGCCAAGACGCUGGCGGAUUGCCGUGAACUCCUCAAGGACGACGACUGGUUCGCCCGAAAGGUGGCUGUCGACACCCUUCGCCAGGUGUCAAUGAAGGGUGACGAGACCCAAUUGUCCUUGCUGUACACGGCUCUGGAGGAUGAGGAUAUCUUUGUGCGUGAGGCUGCGGUGGAUGCAGUCGUGCAGGUGGCCCAUCCACAGGAUCCGCUGGCGCUCAGCAAGGUUUCCGUCAGCCUCAGCGACGAGGAUUGCUUUGUUCGUACUCGGGCUGUGGUGGCUCUGGGAAGCCUGGGCCAAGUGGGUGACCAGCAGCUGGUUGGGCUGCUGAUGGAUAUGCUGGAGGAUGGCUUUGUUCCAGUCCGAAAGCGAGCCAUCGAAGCCUUGUCGCGGCUGAGCAAUGACGAGUCCGUCCUUGAACGCUUGAGGAGCGGAGAGAGAGGAGGUACACAUACUAUCCUGUCGUUCUCCCCCCAUUUCUGGUGCCCACCUAUGAGGGAUGUUACAGUUACAGUGCUUUCCGACUUUGAUGUUUUGUACGAACUUGUCAACAGAGAGCAAAUUUCAGUGUCCUAAAGUUAGGUUUGCAGCUUUGGUUCGUCAAGAAAGUUUCAAAAAAUGGCACUUCAAAAGUUAAGAUGCUUUUCUGCGGUAUUUUCUACGCCGUGGGCGAAGAGUUGGUAUUUUCGGAGAUUGGGACAGGUGGACGGUUCCCUCAGGACAAGCAUUCAUCCACAUGCUGAGCAAGCGGAAUUUCACUACAAAAGGGGAGCACAUUUUGGGGAAACGUUGCAACUGUCACAUGAACUCUGAAGAGGUUCUGUUGCCUUCUUCCCAACAAUACUUGUACAAAUACUGCAGAAAAGAAUCAGCAAAGGCUUCGCUGAAAACGCUCAUCGGAGCAUCACAUUUAGUUGCAUAUUGGGCAUUGAAACUUUGGAGGAGUGUCUUGUCAGGAGCUUCGAGCGCAACCAUUGGAACAGUCAAGCAAGCGACCCCAUGUCAAGUACAAUAUUUGUUGGCGCGUUGCGCGUGACAUUGCCUGAGUCAAGCGAGCUUUGGGAUGCAGCGGUGCCGGAAUGGCCUGGUUUAGUAGUAAGGCACCUGUUACUACUAGCGUGGCACCUGUUACUACUAGCUUCUUGUUACUACUAGUAAGGCACUUGUUACUAGUAGCAAACAUUGUUACUACGUGCGGGCGGACGGACGCCCAUCUGGAAGCCCUUCUUUCCGAUUGUUCCGAUUGAAGGCUUUGUGCGUGAGACCACCAGAUCCUUGCAGUCUGCGCCAGCGACCGGCGUAGAUCAGCUUUGGACCAAUGGUUUUUCUUCCGCCAGCUCCGACCCAAAGGGGAAUGGCUACUUCCAAGCCGUUGUCCACUGUUGAAGCUGGUAAACCAAUCAAUAUGCUUACAUUUACAGCGGAGAUGAUAUGAUCAUACAGGGUGAAGCUCGACAAGCAGCCUCAUCUGUUUUCCAUGCCAAAAUGCAAGAAGUAACGAUAAACGUGCAGCCAAGAAACAGAGAGGUCAGGUGAGGAGAACAGAGAAAAAGGCAGUGAACGGGGCUCCUUCGUCAACAAUUCUAUGCGGACUCUCGAGUUUCUCGCCGUUUUCUCGAAAACCACAAGCCGCACAAGCCCUUCUUGCCUUUCGAUCUAGGCAGCGAUCUGGUUUCAAUGCCGUCCAUGCAGAGAAGCAACUUCGCUUGCUUCAGCCUUGCUGAUUUCCAUUUUAGAUUUCUGGAAAUCAACAUGCAUUGUUUUAUCCUAAUUUGUCCCUUCCUUGAGCUGGCAGGACGGUCUCCUCAAGAGACACUGACCGCGGAGUUCGCGAGGAGGCCAAGAAGGCCCUUGCAAGGUAGAGAUUGGACAAAGCUCGGCCUGCAAAACGCGUUGCACUUCAUCCAAA